UUGAACGUUUCCACCCCCCAUCUGAGCAACGUGCCACUGCCCAGUGACCCACAGGUUACCUUUCGUGUUGCAUUACCCGCGUCACGUCCCGCUCUCCCAGAUCUCGCCCGUAUUGGAGUGGACGUUACCACCUGCUGCAGUUUCAGAGCUGUCACGGAAGCAUUGCCAAUCCCCCACACGCGCUGACUUUUGCUCCUCAUCCUUCCCCAUUUAGGCUGCUGUGAAGCGAAUCCAAUCGCUGCCCAGCCAGGUACCCUCUUCCCUUGGCGCAAAGCUAUCCUCGCGUUCAGGGCCGAAAUCCAUCGCGCGCCGCCCGCAUCGGUGACGUGGUUUGCCAACAGAGCAAAUAGCAUCAGUCGCUCCCUUCUAAAUCCAGCACCCGCUGCGCGCCCCAAAAACAGCUAAAAAUCAUGUCGUCGACCUCUCCUUCGAAAGAACCGGAAGUGGAACCUGAAGUUCAAUCAGGUGAAGAGCAGGAACAAAUGGACAAGGAACAACAGGACCAGGCACAAAACCAAGGAGAGUUUGAAGUGAAGGAGCAGGAUAGGUGGUUACCCAUUGCCAAUGUUGCCCGCAUCAUGAAAUUGGCCCUGCCGGACAAUGCCAAGAUUGCAAAAGAAGCCAAGGAAUGUAUGCAAGAAUGUGUGAGCGAAUUCAUUUCAUUCAUUACCAGUGAAGCGUCCGAGAAGUGCCAACAGGAAAAGCGCAAAACCGUCAAUGGAGAGGACAUCCUGUUUGCUAUGACCUCACUGGGUUUUGAAAACUAUGCGGAAGCCCUUAAAAUCUAUUUGUCAAAGUACCGUGAGACCCAAUCCGCGAGGGGUGAGCAUCAGAACAGGCCAACAAGCAGCGGAUACGCCUCUGGCGGUCCGGUCGGAGGCGUAAGUAACGCUCCGGGAGGACGUCCGGCAACCGCGGGAGGGUUCCCCGAUGCUGCUGAUAACGCCAACAGCAUCAUGAAUCCAAGCUUGGAUCCCACUGAACAAGAUGCCUCUGCCUAUGGGUACCCGGCCAUGGUGGGCCAGGCGCACAAUGGAACGGCUGGCGAUACCUACUAAUGCCUGUGCACGUGAGAUCUGAGGAACCAACAGCCUUUCUCCGUCAAAGAUCGACCGACGUUGCACUCGACACGGCUUAAGGCUUAGGAAGCCAACCUUGUGUUA